GSGUUUAUGUUUGUACAGUCUUCGGUGUGAACAGCUUCUGGAAGGUCAACAAACCCUAUUGAAUACACCAAAAUGACAAAGUGAAUUUCCCAGAAAGCCAUCGAGCAGACACACUGGACUGGAAGGAUGAAAAGAACGGCAUAAGAAAACAGUGGGAAAAUCAGAGAAGCUUGAAUUUUCCCUGAGGGAUGAGUUGGGAAAAGAAUCAUCACUGCCAUAAACCGGUAAAGCAGGAAGGAAAGCUCCUGACGAAAAAGUUACGCCUCCUUGAUACUGAAAGCACAUAGGUCACCUGAAAAUGUCUGUGAGCAGGAAGGGACAGGAGGCUGUAUAUCCUUCUAACAAAUUGUGUUUCAGGGGUAUCUAGCUCCAGUUCUGAACAUUACUCUUGUGACCUUGGAACUAUAAUGAGACUUUACUGAGGACCAAAAGGACUGAAGUGAACAGUCUGCUAUGUCACACUUUGGGAGGGUGCCUUUCUCACACAGUGAAUUCUGUGAAGGACAGCCUGGGCACCAAGCACCUUAUCCAAUGUACCAUUCUGGUUCUGAUGGAGAGAUCCCUCUGGGAUUUGAUCGAAUAGUUGAUGAAGUCAACAAUGAAUUUUAUUUUUAUGGCUCAUCACAUUCACAUCAUCAUGAAGAAAUGUUCUACCCAUCACAUCUUUUCAGUCAGAAUGUUCCUGACCAUCAUCUUUAUGGUCAGCCUCUCGUUGCUUAUGGAGAAUUUUACCGUGAAAAUCCAGUCUCUCACUGGCAACAAGGCACAGUGUCACCARUGGUGGGCUUCAGAUCUUCUUUAAUACCUGAUUGCAGAAACUUCUCUGUAGUGGAUCCCUGCCCCUACAGUCAUGAAAGAAAACUACAUGGAAGUAACAGUGUAAAUUCAGUCACCAACGUGUUUAGUUCAAAUGUGGAAAGAGGCAACACAAGCCUAGAGUUUCAGAUAGGCUUUGACCAUCUGGAUGCUCCAAAUCCUGUUUUCUUAGACAAUUAUCCAUUUGGACAAAAAGUGAGAGAAGAAGGUGGAAAUGGGGAAGCUUCUCCAACCAACACUUCCAGAAGAUGCCACAUAGGACCUACCUGGUCCCAGGGCUCUGGCCAUGACAGAGAGGCUGCAGUUUGGUCUAUCCAGCUGAUUGAAGCAAAUCAAGAAAGUAAUGAAAGCACAGUUGGUUUUUGCAAUGCAGUGGAGAAAAUCAGAAAUGCCUAUCCUGCUUCUGAUUUGAAGACAAAUACUGGGAAAAUCUGGAGUAUCGCAACAAGGUUCCCAGAGCAUAUCCUGGGUGGAACAAAAUUCAGAUUCAGCAUUUGGACAGACUUUUCACCACAUCCUCUACUUCUCACACAAUGUGCUGGCUGUAUCACUCACRACUUAAUUGUAGAGAUCCUCCGUURCACAAAUCAAUACCCAGCCCAGGAGGAAUGCCUUCUGAGUGUUUAUGGGUCUGAUGAAUUCCUACAAAACAGCUGUACCUUGGGAAGCCAUGAAAGUCUUCGCAAGGCAACCACCUGCAUUCAGCUUCGACUACACUGCAGUGGUAGUUUGAAGCAAAAUUUGGCUCGAACAAGUGGAGAUGACCGAAGAAGGUUCUCUGUGAAARAGCUGUUAGAAGACACUUGUGCCUGGAGACUGACUCAGCAGAACCUUGUCACUGUUAUUACGAACUACAGAGGUCAAGUGGAAUAUCUGUUGCAAAAUGAGAAUAAAGUUGAUAAUGUGAUUGAAGCAGUUAAAGCCAUCUGCAGUGUUCUGGGUUUUGUGGAAACCAGAGACRUCACUGAUGCAGUCAGGAAACUCCGUGCAUCACCAUUGGUAAARGCACAGAAUUCUCUUCAAAGUGUGGAAACACCAGGCAAAGUGUUAAUAGAGRCUGCUGUGACUGAGCUCUCUAUGGCCAUUUCUCGUCUCAUCCGUGUCUACAGCAGCAGCUUUGAUGCAAAUUUCCAGCUUGCCAGCAUACCUAAAAGCCCGUUAUGUGUAGACAUCAGCCUAAAUUCCCAGCUCAGCUUCACUGUUUAUGCUGCCCAUAACAUCCCAGAAGCCUGGGUGAACAGCUACCAAGUUUUCUCUUUUUCCUGUUCACUAACUUACGCUGGGAAGAUAAUAUGUCAAGUGAAGAUUUGCAGAAAUACUCCAGUUAAAAGAUCCCUUUUUUCCCUGGCUGACUGGAAUGAAAAGGUCAACUUCCCUCUACGAAUAAAGGCCCUUCCAAGGGAAACUAUGCUGACAAUAAAACUAUUGGGAGUAAACAGUGCCACUAAAAACACAGAAGUGCUUGCUUGGGCAUGCACCCCAUUGUAUGCAAAAGAGAGGCUCAUCCACGGAACUGUGCUGCUCAGCAUGGCACCGUACAGCRCACUCCCCACACCAAUGAUCACCCCAGGCAUCUGCAGCACUGAGACACCAACCUCGGUCACACUGCAGAUCGACUUUCCAGAAACUGAUUUGGAGUUCAUUAAACCUGAACCUGAAGAAAGAAGAGGUGAUCUUGUAGAGCCAUCCCAGGAGUGCCUGAAGCACAUUGCAAGACUUUCACAGAUACGUUCUCUCUUGCUACUCUCAGAGCAACAGAGAAGAAUCUUAUGGUUUUAUCGCUACUUCUGCAAUAAUCAAAACUGCUCCCUUCCUCUGGUGCUGGGCAGUGCCCCCAGUUGGGAUCACACCACCGUGUCAGAAAUGUAUGCCUUGCUGAGGAGUUGGAGAUUUUCUAACCCUCUAGAGGCACUUGGGCUGCUGACUUUCAGUUUUCCAGAUCAAGAUAUUCGCAGGACGGCAGUGCAGCAAAUAGAARAUGUAUCAAAUGAUGAAUUGUUAGAGUACCUCCCACAGCUAGUUCAGGUGCUCAAGUUUGAGUGGAGUCUUGACAGCCCUCUGGUGAAGCUCCUGCUGAAUCGUUCUCUCCAGAGCAUCCAAGUAGCCCAUCAGCUUUACUGGCURUUGAAGAAUGCACAGAAUGAAGUUCAUUUCAGAAUGUGGUAUAAGAAACUCCUGGCUGCUCUCCAAUUUUGUGCUGGACAAUCCCUGAACAAUGAGUUUUCAAAGGAAGAAAAACUCAUCAGAAUUCUGGAAGACAUUGCCACAAAAGUGAAAGCUGCCAGUGACCCAAAAAGAAAGGAGGUGUUAAACGUGGAGCUCAGCAGACUGCAGCAGUUCUUCCAGGAGGUGAAGAUCUGUCGGCUCCCCCUGAACCCUGCGCUUGUUGUCCAAGGCAUAGAGGCAGAUUCAUGUUCUUAUUUUACAUCCAAUGCUUUUCCAUUAAAAAUCUCCUUCAUCAAUGCAAAUGCUCCAACUGGAACCAUCAAUGUCAUUUUUAAGAUAGGUGAUGAUCUACGUCAAGAUAUGUUGGUUCUGCAAAUUAUUCGAGUGAUGGACAACAUUUGGCUCCAAGAGGGACUGGAUAUGCAAAUGAUCAUUUACAGGUGUUUAUCUACAGGGAAAGGACAAGGAYUGGUACAGAUGGUGCCAGAUGCUACCACACUAGCGAAGAUCCACAGGGAGUCUGGRCUGAUAGGACCACUGAAAGAAAACACAAUUAAAAAAUGGUUUCGCCAUCACCAUCCUCUGGAAUCAAGYUACCAAGAGGCAAUAAGGAAUUUCUUUUAUUCCUGUGCUGGCUGGUGYGUUGUUACCUUCAUCCUGGGAGUCUGYGAUCGACACAGUGACAACAUAAUGCUGACAAAAGCUGGACACAUGUUCCACAUAGAUUUUGGAAGAUUUUUGGGUCAUGCACAGAUGUUUGGAAGCAUAAGAAGGGACCGAGCUCCCUUCAUCUUCACAUCAGAGAUGGAGUAUUUCAUAACGGAGGGUGGAAAAAACCCACAGCGUUUUCAGGAGUUUGUGGACCUUUGUUGUCGAGCUUAUAAUAUAGUCAGGAAACACAGCCAGCUACUCCUGAACCUGCUAGAGAUGAUGCUGCAUGCAGGAUUGCCUGAGCUAAGCAGCAUCCAGGAUCUGAAAUAUGUGUAUGAUAACCUCCGUCCUCAGGACUCAGAUCUGCAGGCUACAAGCUACUUUACAAGGAAGAUAAAGGAGAGUUUGGAGUGCUUUCCUGUUAAACUCAAUAACUUGAUCCAUGCACUUGUACAGAUGUCAGUGGGGAGCUCUGCAAAGCCUCCAGCUCCAGAGACUGUGCCCCAGGAAUGGAUGAUGCUGGACACAGAGAGGUCAAUCGCAAGGGCCACCAUUUUGGGAUUCAGCAAAAAGCCUGACUCCCUAUAUCUCAUCCAGGUGGUGCAAACCUGCAAUGUGGUCACCUUCGUGGAAAAAUCAUUCAACCAGUUCUCAAAACUUCACAGCCAUCUCCAGAAGCAAUUUCCAUCUCAUGCCCUCCCAGAGUUUCCCCACUCACAGCAUUUACCUUUUACGGAUCUCGAACAUAAAAGAGUGAAGGAUUUGAAUCUCUAUCUGAAGCAGCUAYUAAGUGGCUCCAGGAAACUGGCUAAUAAUGAGCUUGUACUCGGAUUCUUCCUCAAUUGGUCCAAAAAUACCUUGGCAGAAGAUUCAUCAUCUCUGACCUUAGGUCCUCAGUCAACUGAGCCUGGAGUACAACUGGUCAUAUCCUAUGAGAACCCCCGUCUGACAAUAAUGCUGAAACAUAUGAGGAACAUWCGCCUCCCAGAUGGCUCUGCCCCAAGUGCACAUGCUGAAUUUUUUCUUCUGCCAGAUCCUUAUGAGGUCAGUCGAAGGAAAACAAGAACAGCUCCAAAAGUCUCUGACCCUACUUACAAUGAACUUAUUGUAUAUGACAAAGUCACAGAACUCCAAGGCCGUGUACUGAAGCUUGUUGUGAAAAGCAAAGGAACAUUCAUGGGAGCUGUUAACAUUCAACUGAGCAGUGUCCAGUUAAAUGAAGAAAAGUGGUACCCACUGGGAAACAGUGUAAUUUAAACRUUCUCCAAGAUGAUUCAAUUAUUUGCCCACUAAUGUUUCUUUAUCCCAUUUCCCACGGUACAAUUUGUCUCGGUUGCCCUUGAGAAUAGGCAGUCAUCUGCUGAGCACGUAUCUUAACAUUUCCAACCAUAAGGUUAUUGUCUUGAAAGUGCUAUAGUCUUCCUGCCCCAGAUUCUUAACACUGUGAGUUUAAGGAAUCACAUGCUAAGGACUUGUAGCAACAUGCAGAAAGUUCUUGUGGCAGCAAUAAAGGGCUUGGUUUUGUUAAUAAUAAAUAGUACUAUAAAAUACUGAAUUCUAUACACAUCAAUGUGUGGGGCCUCAUUCUUUGCCUAUUAAUUCCACUGAAUGUGUUGAAACAAUGCUGAUAAUGGUGUAAUUAUCAUCACAGCAUGUGAUGAGCUCACCAGAAAACUGUGGGAUAGUUUGCUGCCAAUAUAUUUCAGAUGUCUAGCAAAUUCCACACUAAGUCUUAUCCAAUCAAUAUUUUUAUUUAAGAACUUUAAAAGUUUUGAUGCAAGGUAACAUUUAAUCCAGGAUAUUGAUUUGCUAGUAAGAUAUGUCAUUGUUUCUUUUAUUCUGACAUCCAAGAGGCAAAUAYAACUAGUCAUUUGUGUGAAGAAAGGAGGAGGGAGAAGCUAAUGUUAAUGAAUAAACAGAACAUAUUGAGUGUGAGUUUUCAGUGGAGGAUUUAUUUAAGAUCAUGACACUGCAGAUAUUUGUUCAUUGCCCUCCUAUGCUGCAUAAGGGGUUCCAGUCAAUACAUGCAUUGCAGAGAUCUCAGGGCUGUAAUAGAUAUGUUUAUAUAUYAAAUAAUGAACAUGAGCAGUUCCUUUAAGACCACAGAUGCUAAUUGUGGGCUCUGUUUUCUCUAAUUUGAGGAGGCAGUUAAGCACAUCUUUAAACAUUUGGCAUGUGAGCAGCCACAAUGAACUGUCCAUUAUUGCCAGACUCUUGCACAGACUGACCUUUACAGGACCAGGGGCGCAUUUUUUACUGCACAGAUGUGUUAAUUUGUGAUGUGAUCUGCUGUAAAUUUUAAGUUACCAUAUACUGGACAAAUGUGACGUUGUUCUACCAGAUGGAAAAGUGGUCAACAGAGGAAUAAUCCCAGAAGUGAAGAUAAUUUUGUUCUUCUCCCAAAGGAUGCUCACAAAUCAGUCUUCAGAAUGUAAAAUUGUAUAAAGGUCCUGAAGCGGGACUAGGACCAUUAUUUAGGAAAUUAAAUAAACUGAAUGCUUUUCUSAGCAUCAAAACAGUGGACUCCUGUCAUUUGGUCAGGUUUUAUCAGAGAGUAUUUCCCCCAGUCAAUCUGGUAUAUUAAGCUCCUCCUCAAUAAGGGGAGGUGAAGGCAACUCUGAGUAUUAAUUUUAUUARUCUAUUCAGAGCUAUAAGAAGCUGUAAAAUGUGUACCACAUGCAAGGAAUAUUGGCUGGCACACAGAAUAUGAUAACUAAAAAGAUCAGCACAUGCAACAUUUUACACUAUAGGAUCUCCUGGGAAAGGAAUCAAGUGCCCUGUCAUUCAAGCACAGAAAACACAUUGAGAUCAGCUUACARUGUUACCAAAUGACCUGGCCUUACAGUUCAAUAUUGAUUUUAGAKUCUUCUUGUCUACUGUCUCAGUUUCCUUAUUAUAACUAUAAUGCAAUUUUCUAAUAGUGUUAUUUCCUGUGACAUUUUCUAACCCUUGUUUACCACAUGUCCUGGUUUUCCAUCUUAGAGCAACAUUAAGUAAACAGCAAUAAAUGAAAAGAGCAUUACAAUAUAAUAUUAUCAGAAUGGU